ACUUAAUUUCUAAUCUAACCUAACUUUAAACCACAACUAAACCAUUUUAUUAUUUAGUGUAAAAUAGAGCAAAAGAUGCCUUUUCGCGGCCGUAAUAGAGGCAGAAGUGGUGGUCCUAGGCGAGGCAGAGGAGGUCACGAUCGUAAAAGAGGCCGAGGGGGCCAUAAUGCAGAAAAGUCCAACUGGAGAAGUAAACGGGAAUAUCAACAUUACGACCAAUUACAAGAACAAGAAGUGGGUAUAACCGAGUACAUAAGCCCCCUGGAGGCUUACGAGGCGAUCAUCAAGGCCCGCUUCUCAGAUUUUCAUGUGAAUGAAAUAGAUAGGCAGGGGCGAAUGGCCGAACUUACCGACUUAAGUAUUCCUGCUCAAUUCAAUCCUACGAAGGCUUCAGAUUUGUAUAAGGGACAGGUAAAGAGCCCAUUGGAUAAAAUUCCACAAGAAGUUUGGCAGAAUUUACUGGAUUUAGUGGAGAAAAGGAGGACGGAGAAUGUUGAACUUGAAGCCGAGAACUUGGAUAAACAGGAGAGGAAGAGUGUUCAUUUAUGCGUAAAGGAAUAUUUUGGACAAAAAAUUAUCUCUUCCACUAUUAAGAAAGAUGAAAAGGCUUUUUUCCAGUUUAAGAAGUCCGACAGUAAUAAUAAAGGUGUGGAUUUGAGGAAUGAAUGGCCAGAAAACUGCCCAGAAUUUACCCAUUUUAUUCUUUUUAAAGAGAGAAUGGAUACCAUGGAUGCUUGCCUAAAAUUGUCAGAAGCCUUACAUGUGUCCCCACAAAAAAUCAUGUAUGCAGGCACCAAAGACAAAAGAGCAAAAACUUCACAGUGGCUAUGCGUAAAAAAAUUCAAUCCUCACAACUUGGUAAAAAAGGUUAGGAAUAUCUAUAAUAUGAGAGUGGGAAACUUUGAGUUUAAACCUGAGGGAUUGAAACUGGGUCAGUUAAAGGGGAACCGAUUUAGGAUCGCUUUGAGGAAUGUCAAGGCAGAUGAUGAAUUAAUAAAAAACUCUUUAGAGCACAUUAAAGAGCACGGAUUCAUAAAUUACUAUGGCUUACAAAGGUUUGGCAACGAUAAGGCUGCACCCACGUAUAAUAUUGGAAAACAUCUUCUUAAAGGAGAGUGGAAAGAGGCAAUUGAUUUAAUUCUGAAAGUCAAGCCAUCAGAUGAUCCUCAGCAAGCAAUAAACAAGGCUAAGAAAGAAUAUGCCGAAUGUGGAGAUGCCAAGAAGGCGGCGGAGCUCUGUGAUAAAUAUGAAGGUUCAGUGGAAAAGCAUUUACUUAAUGGACUCGCUAGUGUUCAUGCGAAUGAUUACGUUACUGCUUUGGAAGAAGUGCCUAGAAACAUGAGAUUAUUAUAUAUUCACUCUUUCCAAAGCCUGAUUUGGAACCAAAUGGUGUCGAAGCGUAUAAAACAGUUUGGACUAAGACCGGUGCAAGGAGAUUUAGUUUUUGAAGACAAUUCCGAGGACGAUGACUGUUUGGUUCCAAUUAACGAUGUUAAUGAUUCAGACAAGACAAAUAGCGAAUCAAACGAAGAUAAACCUGACAAGCCAAAAGUGAGAGCCCUUAAAGUUGACGAACUGGAAAAUUUCACUAUUUUCGAUAUAGUUCUGCCCCUUCCUGGCUAUGACAUUGUUUAUCCUGACAAUAUGAAAGAGUUCUACCAAGAAGUGAUGAACGGCCAUGGAAUUUCGUUAGAAAUGCCUAAACAAAGUGUUAAGACGUACAAUUUAAGCGGAACUUACAGGAAAAUCAUACAGAAACCCGAAAAUUUAGAGUGGAAAAUUAUGUUAUAUAACGAUCCCACAGAUAACCUUAUACUCUCCGACUUGGAAGCACUACAGAAAAAGCCCGAACCGCAAAGUGCUGAGAAUGGUAAAUACAAAGCGAUUGUGGUAUCGUUCACUUUAAAAGCUUCCCAGUAUGCCACAAUGGUUUUGAGGGAAGUAAUGAAGUGCAACACGAGCACGAGUUAUCAAGCCUCCAUGAACGAUUACGGAGAGAAAAAGGUGGAAAAGAAAAUUAUUUUGGAGGAAAGUGCGGAGGGUAAAAAGGAAGAAGGACCUUUAAUUAAUGAGGCUCAAGAAGGGAGUUUAUUGAACGAUAAAGCGAAAUAUGAGGAUUUCAAGAACAGCUUAUUUAAAGAUAUUUUGGGAGAAGCAGCAGACGAAAAUGGUGUCAAAAGAACAUUGGAGGAUGAGGACAGUGAGUCCAGCAAGAAACAAAAAGUUGAUCCAGAAUAGAGUUUAUAUGACUAAUAUAAUAUAAUGAAUUACUUAUAAA